UGCAAACACAAUGAUACCAAAGAAGGACGUUAGUAGGAUAGCGAGCUAGCUAAUGUCAACUUUAUAAAGUUUAGCUACAUAGCUUGCUAGUUCCCUAAGCUUUUAUCUAAAUAGCUAUAGUUUUUGUUGAUAAACUGUCUAGCCACGGUGUUGUUAAAGAUAAUGUCAAAUUGCUGCUGACAACUUCGUGAUAGUUGACCAACUUAUUUGGCUAUCAGCUUUACUCCAGCUAUCUUUAGCUUCUAGCUAGGUCGCUUGCAUUCUAACUGACAAGCUAGCUAGCAAAGCUACUCGCUAAUUUAGCUGGCCAAAGAUCUCUGCCCUGCACGUUACUCCUCAGCAGCUGCCAGUGCUACCAUGGCCUCUUCGGAGUUCCGGGGUGACGUUUCCCAGGUGCGUGGCGGCCGUGACCCCAUCUUCUCUGAGGCCAUCAACCAGAAGAUGCGUGUCCCCGACCGGCUGAGAGUGGGGCCAGGCAUGGGACAGAGAUGGGAAGAGGAGAGGCAGGAGUGUGCUGACUGUCCCGCUUCUUACAGCAUGCACAUCCCAGACAGGCUGUCUCUCACAGAUGCCCCGGACAUGAGCCCCCAUCCACUGUUCACGUCAUCCAAGCAAGGCGCAGCCCUCCCCCUGGGGCCUGCAUGGGAGGCACAGCAGCACAGUGCCUGGAACAGAGAAAGAGACCCCUACAUGAGGGAACCAGUGCAGAGUCCACUGCGUAGGUCCUACAGUGACCAGGCUUUUGGCAGGAGCAACCCUGGCACCCCCACCUGCAAACAGACACCACACACCCCUAUCUCUUGCGGCGGUGCAGGAUGCCCCCCUCAGCGCUCCUCUACUGCAGCUGCUGCAGACACCCUGCCCAUGCCCCUGGGGCUCCGUGCCACCCUACCCAGCCUCCUGUCCCCACAGACCAUGCUGCAGGCUGCCAAGGAACUGGGCCAGCAGGCCUCACAGUGCCUUCUGCAGACUGUCACUCAGAAAUACAGGUUCAGCUAUCCUGAACACCCAACUACCGCUGUGGUUGAGGAGCCCCCUGUGUAUGUCGAACCAGCCAGGAAAAGUGCCAUGCGGGACUCUUGGAUGAGCCCAGAUGAGGGAAGUGCAGCUGUGGAGUUCAUCGUACUUAGGAGACAGGUGGUGAAGAUGAGUCGUCGUCUGGUGGGUCUGGAGAAGCAGAACGCUGAACGCAGACAGACUGAGCUGGUGCUCUUCUCCCUGCUCCUUUCUGCCUGCCUGCUCAACGGAUGGCUCUGGAUACGCAGAUAACAGACACACGUCACUCAAACAGCCCGCUCAUCUGCUCCAACCAGCUACUUUGCUCAACUCUGCAUUACACAUCCACUCAGCUGGGUAGUUUGUCAGUGCACUUAUUCUUACACACAUGUUGGUGUUAGAUGUUGAGCAAGUAUAAAUCGCAAUGGCCCAUCUCCUUUCUUUCAAUGCCAGGGCCCAGAUUCACUAAACACUUCUUACGAAAAAUACGUUCACAAGAUAUUUUAAGUGCAAUUCCUCUAUCUUCUUACAAAUCUUCAUUUCUUGGCAACUUCUCACAAUGGCAAUCAUGUUAGCAUAUUUCUUACUGCGAUUACUGUUCUAAAACAUGUUAUUGGGUUUAAAAUGAUCAAUACUGAAACUUUCAGGUGAAGUUUGUGUGAAUUAAACUGCUUUCAUGAGCUUUUUCUCGCACUGCCAAGAGUUUAGCUAACUUGGAAUUAAGAACGAAAUUUCUUAAGGAGAAAUAGAGCAAGAAAAUGUCCAAUAACCUUUUGAGGAAUAAUAACUUUCUUCAAGUCUAUAGUUAAGGUCUAGUGAAUCUGGGCCCAGGAGAGGAAGCUAUUUCGGUWACUGUUAAGGUAGGGCCUUAGGAUGAUAAAAUGAAGGUGUUGAGCAUUAGUGGUGUGCAUAGGUCACAUAUGGACUAAGUUGAUUGUCAAGGUGGAUGCUGGCAAAUUUCAACAUUAUCAGGGAUUGAUCCAUGUCAUGUUUGCCUAAAGGAUUGGCCAUCUCUGACUUGAACAGCUAGUGCUUACCACGGUUGGAGGUGGUGAUAGGGAAUGAUAGUGUUACUGCGGAGGCUUCUAUAUUGUUGUCGUUGAGAUGGAUAAUGAGAUUUACGUCAUUGGUCUGUCAAAACACAGCUUGUGUAAACUUAACAUUUCAAUCUAGUUGGUAACCACUGGUGGUGGAAUGCCAUGAGUCAGUUGGUAACUGGUCCAAAGUAUCUAGUAUGGUAUGAUUUACUUGGAACUCUUCAGACUUAGAGAAGCCUAAAUUGUAAUCUGUUUCAGACAGUACAUGGGUAAUAAGGUCCUUCUGUAAGGCCUCUAUUUAAUUGAGACAUGUCUGUGUUUGAAUGCCUGCAACAUGAAGUGCUUUGAAGUUGGCUGCCUCAGUGGCUUUGAUCUUUUCCAGACCAGUUUAUACUAUGAAAUGAUAUGUUUCUCAGAAGUCGAAUGUAAAUUGAACACUAAUUUAAUACAUGGGGUUUCUUUUUCCAUUUUUGAAUUUGUACUGGGUGUACAAUAAAUGAAAUGUUGAGUGAGGUUUGUUUUGUCCGUUGGGUCUUUCACCUUCUUGAACCUUGUCUGGGGCCGUAUUACCUCGAUUCUGUUGCAAACGGAACAGAAGUGUUUUUUUCCAUUGGAAAACCUCCGUUUGGAGUAAACAUGCGUACCCUAACAGCAAUGGUUUGACAUUUGAGUCAUUAUUUCUAACAUCGAUAGUGCCUAUACUUUCUAGCGCCGUUUUUAACUUUAACACAGUAGGGAUAAUAAGGGAGUAGUUUGACACACGAGCAACUGCUCACACCGCUGAAACAUCUGGGUGGUAUUCAUUAUGCAGAUUCUGAUGCAUGGAAUUUGUCAGGUGUGGUUUCAUUGCAUUCAAUGGCAACAAGCUGCUUGUGGAUUUGACAGCUCUAAUGCGUUCCACCAAGACACUAUUUCAAUCUGAUUGAAUCUAGCCCUUAGAUAUCGAAGAAGUCAACUAGUCUAGUUCCACUGCAUGUUUUCAUUGUUCCUCUAAUCAUGGACUGAUUUAGAACUAGGACAACAGGUGGGUACAAUUAUCAGGUARAACAGAAAACUAGCAGGGCGGUGGGAAGCUCUUCAUGGAGGGUGUGACGUAAGCAAAUACAUUGAAAAGUCACCUUGUCCUAGAGACGUUUCCAGGGUUAUCGAAACGUCACACCAGGGUAAGCCUACAGGGAACACAGCCCUUAAGUGUUUCUAACAUCCCCUAUGGGGAAAAAUGAAUGGAACCGUUUGACUGCUAGGUUUUGUAACUCAUACUGUGGUACUCUAUACCMAAAAAAUAAGUGUACAUUAUAAAAGAGCAAAAUGCACAGAACAAAGUCGCAUUGUAUAUUUAUUUAACCAAAAAAAUAAUAAUACUAAACCAAGUAAACUCACUAUCUGAAACAUUUGGAAAGUCGUCAGGAGUGCAUGAAAUAUAUAUAUUUUUGUAAAAACCAGAUGGUUGAUUAGAAAUACAAUUUAAUUAAACAUGAAUGGCGAUUGUACAGUAAUGACAUUGUCAAGCAGCAUCUAUUUUACAGACUUUGAAAGGCACAAAUACUAGAAGACCUUGCAUUUAAAAAAAA